GAUUCUGAUGAAGAAGUCUAUGCCACUGCAGCAGCAAUCGAUGCCCAGAAUAACUACGAUUCGGACGAAAAUGUGCAAGUUAUUCGUAAAGAAAUUGAACCUCUUGCACGUGUUAGCCACAGCAGCAUCACUUAUCCCCCUAUCGAAAAAUGCUUUUACGAAGAGCAUCCUGAUAUUGCCCGACUUACCCAAGAGCAGGUCCAACGUUUACGCCAAGAAUUGCAGCUACAUGUCUCGGGUAAUCGACCUGCAAAACCGUGUGUAUCGUUUGCCCAUUUUGGAUUUGAUGAAGAUUUAAUUGCCAGUGUGCUCAAGGCAGGAUAUACAGAACCUUCUGCAAUUCAGAAGCAAGCGAUACCUGUCACACUAGAAGGUCGAGAUAUUAUUGGUAUCGCAAAAACAGGAUCUGGAAAGACAGCUGCAUUUGUACUGCCAAUGCUGGUUCACAUUAUGGAUCAAGAAGAAUUAGCAAAAGGGGAUGGUCCAAUUGGAUUGAUUUUGGCACCCACUCGUGAAUUGGCUGUUCAAAUUUAUUCAGAAGCUAAAAGGUUUGCGAAAGCGUAUGGUUUAAAAGUAGCAGCUGUGUACGGUGGUGCUUCUAAAAUGGACCAAUUCAAGGAAUUGCGCAGUGGAACUGUAGAGAUUAUGGUAGCUACACCCGGAAGAUUGAUCGAUAUGAUAAAAAUGAAAGCUACCAAUCUUCGAAGAGUUAGUUAUUUGGUACUAGACGAGGCAGACCGAAUGUUUGAUCUUGGAUUUGAGCCACAAGUUCGAUCAAUUUGUGAUAAUGUCAGGCCAGACCGACAAACCUUACUGUUUAGUGCCACAUUCCAAAAGAGAGUAGAGCAACUCGCUCGUCAGGUUACUUCCGACCCUAUUCGUAUAAGCGUGGGUAAUGCUGGACAAGCGAAUGAGGAUAUUACUCAGGUAGCAAUCAUUCUGGAAGACGAUAUGUACAAAUGGGAUUGGUUGAUGCGUUAUCUAGCUGGGUUCUGUGUUGAGGGAAGUGUGAUAAUCUUUGUGUCUCGCAAAGGAGCUGUUGAUAUACUUGCAUCAAAUCUUCAAGAAGCAGGGUUCCAAUGCGGGGCACUUCACGGCGACUUGAUACAAUAUGAUAGAGAAAAAGUUUUAAAAGACUUCCGAGCAAACAAGUUCAACAUUCUUGUGGCUACAGAUGUAGCUGCCCGUGGUUUGGAUAUAAAAACCGUAAAGACUGUAGUAAACUAUGAUCUUGCACGUGAUAUGGAUUCCCAUGUUCACAGAGUUGGACGUACAGGCCGUGCUGGUGAAAAGGGUACAGCAUACACAAUAUUGACAAAGAAAGAAGAUCGGUUCGCGGGUGAAUUGGUUCGUCACUUUGAGCAAUCUGGCCAGUUGGUCUCGCAAGAAUUGCAGGCACUGGCCAUGCAAAAUGGGAGAUUUAGAGGAUCCAGAGAAUUUAAAGAAAGUCGAGGACGAGGACGAGGACGAGGAAAGGGAAGAGGUCAAGGUAAACAUUCUGUACUGCAUAUUAUAACAAUGCAACUUUAUCUGAAUAGUUAA